UGGGCGCUUGGCCAUGUUGUUGUGGGGAGCAGGGGAGGCCUCCCCCCCUAUCCAUGGGCGAAGCAAGUGAGUGAGGCGAACGGUCAAGAUACAUUCCCCCGCCACGGGCUAGCUCGCCGUCGGCCCCCGCGCGCCUAUAAGUAACCGGCCAUGCAUUGCUUGCCGCACACCAGAUAAUAGACACACACACACAAGCGCAGAGCAAGCGAGGUCGGUCACUGGAUUGAUCCAUUGGUACGUGCUAGCUAGCUGCUCUCGAUUGAUUAUGGCCGGCCAUGGAGAGAAGAGCGGCGGCGGCGGCGGCCUCUACGCCGUGCUCGGCGUCGCCAGCGACUGCUCCGCCUCCGAGCUGCGCAGCGCCUACAAAAAGCUCGCCAUGAAAUGGCACCCGGACAAGUGUGCGGAUGCGGGCUCCUCCGGCGGGGGCUCGGAGGCGGCCAAGGCGCGGUUCCAGAAGAUCCAGGGAGCAUAUGCAGUUCUCUCGGACCCCAACAAGCGCAUCCUUUAUGACGUCGGUGCCUACGACAGCGACGGCGACGAUGACGGUGCAGGCGAAAUUCUCGGAGACAUCCUCGAGGCGAUGAACCAGACGGUCCCACACGAGAACGGGGAAGGAGAUAGCUUGGAGGAACUGCAGACGCAGUUCGAGGAGCUGUUCCUGAGACCGGACGCCUACGCUCGGCCGUCCAAGCCAUCGUCGUCAUCCUUCAGUUCCGGGGACGACGCUUGUAAGUCGUCAAAGAGAGUGGCGGGGAGCAGGAAGCAGUAGAAGAAGAUGGAUCUAGAACUCGUGGACGUGUGGGUGGAGAAAGAGGCAGCAGGACGUCUGCUAAUUCCGGCCGUCUCGAUCGCGGCCAUGAACGCGGUCGAUUAGAAGCUCACAAGCCAAUUAUUAGAAGCCCACAAGCGGGAGUGGGGAGGGAAGGGGAGUAUGUGCGUUAGGUAGUCUCCUUAGUAAGUUUUUCUCUGUCUCUCUUGAGGCGAUUUCUCUUGGAUCUCAGAUGUCUUGGGUUCAUCUUUGCCUGUGUUCUCGUCCUCCAGCGAAUGAUUCCAGCGAACGGCAAGACAACCCAAGGCCGGAUCCCCUUUUUCUCUUCCCUUCCUCCAAUAAUCCAUCAGUUCGUCUUCCAUUUGCCUGGUGUCCUAUUUUUUUUCCCUUCCUUGCUGCUGGCUCAAGAUUUCUCCCCAAUAGAUCCGGUGUUCUUCAAACUGGUUCUUGGCUUAUGCCGGUCAUGGAGGUGCUACUCGAUGUGAUUAGGCAGGUUCCUGGUCCCUGGCGUGGAGGCUCCAUAACGUCAGAUCUGGGAGUUGCCUGCUGCCUGGAAGCCGUCUUGGGGUGGUGGGGAGUUCGGCUGGCAUGGGGCUCUGACCUCUGUGUCAUCCCUUUGCUGUUCGAAAUCUUCAGCUCCUCUCACCUUUCAUGUAUGGUGGCUUGGCCCGGCCCUAUCAUUCCAGUAGCCAGCGGGUGGAAUGAGGUUGCUCUGAUUUUCAGAGCUUGAUGGGGAAUCAGAUGAUUGGAGGUUUGAACUUCGAUGGUUGUUGUCAUGUGUCCGAGCUUCAGGAUCUGUGUUUUAGUGUGCAUGUUGUUCUUAGCAUCCUGAAGUUUGCUUUUAGGGGUUUCAUGUGCGUCAAGUCAGGGUGUUUCUUUUGCAUCUUGGAGAUAAGAGCAGUUGUUUAUCUUGCUGAAGUUGGUGAUUCUUGCUGGUUCGGGUUGAUUCACCCGUGGCAGGUGAGAGGUGAGAGAGCGACUGUUGUUGAUUCCCAGAUCAAACGGGCGAGGAAGUUUUAGGUUGAGCUCGGUGUUGCGUCCUCGAGAUAUACGGCUCAAUCAUUCACUACCUCUUGUCCACGUGCCCGCUCGAUCGCCGUGAGAGUCGAUGGCGUUAUGAAGGGCUUGCACCAAAGAGGCAUUCGAAGACUUCAGCUCUGGCUGCGUCCCAGAUAUCUCUCGUCUAGUCCGCCAUCAGAUUCUACUUGUAGUUUUCCCCAAUUUUAGUUUGCUAUCCUCUGUUCUUAUUUUCAGGCUAUGCAGAGUUGCAUCCAUGUACACUCUCCUUGUGACAAGAGAGGUUUGUAAUCCCUUUUGUUUAAUAUAUUUAUAUGUUUAAAAAAAAUGCCGUGACCGAGCUAGAACUGUUUCAGAUAAGCUGUGACGUGCUGGUCAUCUACAGACAGUACUGAUCCACUGAAAAAAAAAUUAAGCUGCACAAAAAGCUUGCGAAAUAAUGACUCGAAUGCGUUUUCAGCUGUCACGGUCUCGUCACUCGAAAGCGUCAUGCUGCCUGGUGGCUUAAUUAGACUCUGAGACUUCGGAGCGUGGAAGUUCACAUGCUCCCGUUUGUACUUUGCCUCCAAUUAAUAACAAAGUUUAUUAGACUA